AUGCCCAUGCCCUCCGCGGCGGCGCCCAUGGGGAUCUACGACCGCCGCCACCACCACCCGCUCGCCGACGCCACCGCCGCCGUCUGGGCCGAACCGUUCAGGUACAUGGCGUCCGGCUCCGCCUCCGGGUCCGGGGCGCCGCACGGCGUGGAGCUGGCCGAGCCCAAGUUCGAGCCGCAUCCGAUGGCGCCGCACGACGUCCACGACCUCGCGCUGCCGCCGUCGCCCGACAGCUCCGACGACCAGGAGCCCGCCAGGCCAGGACACAAGAAGGAGCGAAGACUCGCGCAGAACAGGGAGGCCGCCCGCAAGAGCCGACUGCGCAAGAAGGCCUACAUCCAGAACCUGGAGACGAGCAAGAUGAAGCUGGCGCGCAUGGAGCAGGAGAUCAGACGGGUCAGGCAGCAGCAGCAGCAGGCGCUCUACGCGGCCGGCGCGAGCACCAGCACCACCAGCCACCCCGGUCUACCGCUACCAUCGUCCUUCGAUCCAGUCGUGGCGGCGUUCGAGAUCGAGCACGCGCGCUGGGUGGAGGAGCAGACGAGGCAGACGAGGGAGCUGCGGGCGGCGCUGCAGCAGCAGCACCCCGAGGCCACCGAGCCGCGUCUACGCGCGCUGGCCGAGGCCGGGCUGGCGCACUACGACCGGAUGUUCCUGGCCAAGGCGGCGGCGGCGCGGCGCGACGUCUUCUUCGUCAUGUCGGGGGCGUGGCGGCCGGCGGCCGAGCGCUUCUUCCUCUGGAUCGCGGGCUUCCGGCCCUCGGACCUGCUCAAGGUGCUGGCGCCGCAGCUGGGGCCGCUCGCGGAGCGCCAGCAGGCGGCGGUGGGCGCGCUGCGGCAGACGGCCAGGCAGGCGGAGGACGCGCUGUCGCAGGGCAUGGACAAGCUGCAGCAGUCGCUCGCCGACUCCCUGCUGCUCUCGGCGACGGACCAAGAAGAUGAAGAAGGCUUCGACGACGGGGGCGGGGCCGGGUCGUACUCGUACGUGGCGCGGCGGAUGGGGGGCGCCAUGCGCAGGCUGGAGGAGCUCGCCGGGUUCGUCGAGCAGGCCGACCACCUCCGGCAGGAGACGCUGAGGAACAUGUACAGGAUCCUCACGCCGCGCCAGGCCGCCGUCGGGCUCCUCGCGCUCGGGGACUACUCCCAGCGGCUCCACGCGCUCAGCACGCUCUGGGCGGCGCGCCCGCGCGAGCCCGUGUAACGAACAAGAAGCUCGUGUCAGAACUCAGAAGAAGCUGCGACUGACUGUCUGCGCGCGCCGGUGAUGCCCCGCAUUGAUCAGAUCGUCGUCGUCGUCGUCGCGGAGGCGGAAGGGAAGACGAGACGGAGCUCUCGGUUCCUCUCUGCAUUCGUACUUCGUAGGAAGAACAAUUUGCGUGCGUGUGUGUGCUGAUCGAGGCGACGGACGAAUUUGAAGAAGCACUGAAACAUCAGGUGUCUUGAUCAUCAAGACAUUCAGACUCACAGAUGAAGGAUCCCGUAUCUGUACAUAUAUAGUACCGUACUAGUGCUUGCUUUGUGGAGUAAAUAGACACUGUUGAUUGCUCGCAUCUGUUCGUCGGAUUAUGUGUGACACGAUUUCCGUAUGUAAGUAUGCCGUAGCACGUUGCAAAUGUACAACAGUUUUAUAGUUUUGUUAAACUAGCUCUAUACAGUGUUCGCAUUGG